AAAUAUUGUUAUGGUAAAUGCAAUACAAAUAGAAGAUUAUAACCUUCUAGAAGAGCUUAAUAAUAUUAUUAAUGAGCCGAUAUUGUCUCAUGAGGUUGUUGCACCUUGUUUGUCUCAUUUGGAGAGAUAUAAAAAUCAAUUAAAUUAUGAACUUGAUAAGGCUAAGAAUGAACUGGAAUCAAAGGAAAAAGAUACGUCUUUUAAUGAAAACAUUAAAGAAAAGUUAAAGGAUUUGACUGAAAUGAUAGAAUCUAUGCAGUUGCGAGCAUUUCAAGUAGAAAAACUAGUUACGGAAAUUACAGUAGAUAUUAAGCAAUUAGAUUAUGCGAAGAGAAAUAUAACAUAUUCUAUGAUUGUUUUAAAGCGCCUUCAAAUGUUGACUGUUGCAUAUGAACAAUUAAAAAUGUUGAUUAAGACAAAACAAUAUGAAGAAAUUACACAUUUGUUGCAAGCUAUUUUUCAGUUGACAUCAUAUUUUAAAUCAUUUAGAAGUGUAGAUCAGAUUGCUACACUUUGUAACAAUAUUUCUGAAUUAAAAAGGAAUUUGUUUGAGCAGGCUUGUUUAGAUUUUGAAAAUAUAUUUAUAAAUCCUAUGGACUUGAAUAAAAAGGCAUCUCAAUUAUUAAAUAUAUGUAAUAUGUUAGAUAUUCUUGGAGAUAAUGCAAGAGAACGUAUUUUAUUAUGGUAUUGUAAUAGUCAACUUAGAGAAUAUCGUACAGUGUUUCGAGGAAAUGAUGAGGCUGCUUCUUUGGAUAAUAUUUCUCGAAGAUAUGCAUGGAUGAAAAGAAUGUUAAGUCUUUAUGACGAGAAACAUGCAAAAAUGUUCCCUAAAUCAUGGAAUACGGAUGAAAGGCUAUGUCAAAACUUUUGUACAAAUACAAGUGAAGAUAUUCAAGAAGUGCUUUCUAAAUCAGGAAGAAAUAUUAAAAUCCCUAUACUUUUCGAAGCAUUGCAAAAAACACUAGAAUUUGAACAAUAUUUAGAAAAACGAUUUAUUUCUGAUUAUUAUAGUUUAACAAAUACAUUCAAUCCAAAACAAAAGUCUAAAACAAUAACAUUUCAUAAAAGUAUAAAAAACGCAUUCGAUUCAUAUUUACAUAUUUUUAUUCAAUUUCAUGAAAAUGCAUUAUCUAAUAUGAUUCAAUCUUUCAAAAAAUUAGACAUAGAAAACGAAAUAAAAAAUAACCCUCAAUUAAUGGUAACAUCAUCAUCAACAGAAUUGUUUCUAUUUUACCAGCAAACUCUAACGCAGUACGAAAAACUGUCUAAUGUGCAACUUCUAUUUGAUUUUUCUUAUCUUUUUGGAAAAUGGCUUAUUAUAUAUGCUGAAACAAUUUUGUUGCCAACAAUGGAUGGAAAACAUGCAUCAAAUAUAAAUAUUUGUUGCUUAAUUUUAAAUACAUCAGAUUACUGUUAUAAAACAACUAUGCAACUAGAAGAACUUAUAAAAAGCAAAGUAUCAGAUAAUUUUCGAGAAAAAAUAAGCUUUGAUAAGGAAAAAGAAAUGUUCCUAAAUAUUGCUGGAAUUUCUAUUAAAAAUCUUAUAAAAAUAAUAGAAACAAAUUUAUCUGGUUCAUUUAAGGAUAUGAUAAAAAUUGAUUGGAGUCAAUUAAAAAAUAUAGUAGAUCAAAGUGCAUAUGUUACUAGUAUGACAUCAAUAUUAAAAAAUAUGUCAAAAAAAAUUAUAGAAAAAAUAUUAAUUGAAAAAUUUACUAGAAUAUUUUGUGACAAAAUGGUUGAGUCAUUUUUAGAUAAUUUUAUGUUUUACAUAACUCGAUGUCGACCUAUUUCAGAGGUUGGGGCAGAACAAAUGAUUUUGGAUUUAUAUUCAAUUAAAAUGGUUCUUUUAAAACUUCCUGUUAUUACAAAUGAAAAAAAUAUUCAAGCACAUAUAUCGUAUACAAAAUUUGUUAAUAAACAAGUAUCGAAAAUAGAAACAAUUUUAAAGUUAUUAUUAACACAAAUUAAUUCUUCUGAAGAAUUUGUAAAAAAUUAUUUUGUAUUAAUUGGAGAUAAAAAUACAUCAAAUUUUCUAAAAAUUUUAGAGCUUAAGGGACUUCGUAAACAAGAACAAAGUCAACUAUUAGAAAUAUUUAAUAUUCAAGCAUCUCAGUAUUCAGAUUUGAUAGAUUCGUCACCUUUUUUAGAACCUCUUGUUUUAUCUCCACAAACAGGAACAAAUAUAUCUCUUCCAUAUUGUUUUGAUGCUUCUAAUAUUAAUUCAUCUAUUUUUUCUGCAGCACGAGAGAAUUCUGAACGUUUAUAUCGAAACUCUAUACCAAUAAAUUCAGAAUCAUUCUCAAGUUCACGAUUAAAUGAGCAUUUUAAAGGGUUAUUUAAAAGGGAUUCAUCUCUAAAUGCGAGUUAUUUAAAGUAAAUGUCUUUAUUUUAUCAGCUCUAAUUAUAUUCUUUAAUUAUUAUUUGCUAUAAACUAUAUUUUAUAUAUAAAAAUUUCAGAUUUUAAAAAAGGACAGA